AUGUUAUACAUGUACACGUCCAAUAGUUACUUUCAAAUGACAUCGUACUUUAAUUUAACGUAUCGUAGUUUUACUGUAGAAGCUUGGAUUUAUCCAACUUCUGUUUCGGGUGAUUGGCCAAUAUUUGGUCAAUGUACAUGCACAACUUGUACAAGUCAAUGUCUAUAUUUUAUACUUCGUAGCGGAAAAUUGUACAUGAGUUUUAAUUAUAUAGAUUUAUCCGGUGUAACAACGGUAAAUGCAAGUAACUGGUAUCAUGUUGCAUUCGUUUAUGACUACUCUGCCUCACAGCAAAUCAUCUACUUAAACGGUUAUCAAGAUGCGGUUCAUUCAGCAGUAACAACACCAUAUCUUGGCUACAAUGGUUCAAUUACCAUUGGCUAUUCGCCUCUUGUUUCAACGACAUAUUUUUCUAACUAUAUUGAUAAUGUUGCACUAAUAACAAGAGCUAAAAGUUCAACAGAAAUAUUAGCUGAUGCUACUCAGUUAUGGUACUUUUCGUUUGAUCUUCCUAAUCCGUACUACGAUAACGGACCUAAUCGUUUAAAUGGUACAGCCUAUAGUAUAACAUCCGUAACAGGACAUAAUAGUAUUGGUCAAGCAAUUCGUAUGACAACAACUUCUUCGUACUUUCAAUUAUACGGCAUUUCGUCGUACUCGUAUCCGACGAGUAAACCGUACACGUACGCUAUGUGGGUUUAUCCAUCAUCAAAUCUGGGCGGUGUUUUAGUGCAUGUAUCAUAUUCACAACCUGGUUACAAUUAUCAACAAGAAUUAUUGGGUUUAACAUAUAGUGGUCAAUUAGUGACACAAGUGAAUGCGAACACACCAGUAUCAGCUUAUCCCUCAGUUAUUGGUCCAGUCAUAUCAAUAAAUACAUGGACACAUGUUGCAUGUACGUAUAGUAUGACAAAUGGUCUUACUUUGUAUGUGAAUGGUGUAUCACAGGGUUCAACAGGUUCAAAUACAGUUACAUCCUAUUACCUAAUACCAAAUUAUGUAUAUCUUACAUUGGGUUAUUCAUUUGGCUAUGGGAAUAAUUACAUUCCAGCUUAUCCGUUUCAAGGUUCAAUUGACGAAUUUUAUGCUUAUAGUAGACAAUUGAGUGCUAGUGAAAUAUAUACAUUAGCUAGUAUUUGA